AUGUUCGGAGAACCUCCUCCAGGCUAUGUUGCUGGUAUCGGAAGAGGUGCAACAGGUUUUACAACAAGAAGUGAUAUCGGACCUGCUAGAUUACCAUCACGAUUUACUCAACCACAAGGAUCUUCUAGUAAUUCAACAACAGAGGAAGAAAAUGAACAGGAAACAAAUCAAACAUUUGAUGAAUGGAGUGGAUAUGGUGGAAAUAUUUUAGGACGUGUGACAGGAGUUGAAGAUGAAGAGGAUAAGGAGGCUGAUUCUAUUUGGAGUGCCAUAUCACAAAGAAUGGAAAAUAAGAAAAAAAGAAAAAACGUAACUGAAAAUGAAAAUCAGACUUCAAAAUAUGCUAAAUAUUCAGUUCUGACAAGCUCUUUGGAUUCUCAAAAACCAAAAAUUGCAGCUACAUUUUCAGAUAUUAAAGAAGAAUUAAAAUAUCUUUCAAAGGAGGAAUGGAAUAUUCCAGAGGUGAGUGGAAGUGCUGUCAAUUCUAAAAAUCCAAAUAGGCUUAAUCAACAAAUGUAUGAAAGGUACACAGCAGCUCCUGAUCAAUUAAUACUUGACAAAUUGAAUAAUAAUACGCUUAAAUUUAAUAAUACAGCAGAUACUGGUAAAAUGAAUCAAUCUGGUACUCUUACAGAUUUGAGAGCUUUGGGAGAAAUGAAGGAAACUAUUAUGAAAAGCAAAUUGCAAUCGUUAGAAGAUUCAAUUUCUGGUACAUCAACAGUUGACCCAAAAAAUUACAUGUCUGGUUUGGAUUCCCAAAUAGUUUUGGGAAGUGAAGAAAGAGUUCAAAUCAAGAAAUAUAGAAAGCUAUUCAAGAGAGCAACACAGGUUCGUCCUGAGAAUAUUGGAAGUUGGAUGGGAAGAGCUCGUUUGGAAGAGUUAGCUGGAGAUCUUAAAAAAGCUUGUAAAGUUAUUGAAAAGGCUUGCAACAUUGUGACAGAUAGUGAGGAAUUAUGGCUCGAAUCUAUUCGUUUGAAUGAACAAUUUGACAAACAGAAUAAGAAUAAUAUACUAGCUCAGUCAGUGUGUUGUCAAGCAUUACAAGCAUGUCCAAAGAGUGUCAAGUUGUGGUUGAAGGCAUGUGAAUUGGAAUCAGAUUUGGAUAAGAGAAAGAAAAUUCUUAGAAAGGCUAUUCAGGCACAACCAGAGAGCUUACAACUCUGGAAGGAAGCUAUUGAUUUAGAAACUGAAGAACAAUCUGCAAAGACUUUACUAGAGAGUGCUCUUGAAUAUAUUCCUAAUAGUAUAGAUUUGUGGUUGGCUCUUGCUAAAUUAAACCCUUACAAGGAUGCCAAGAAAGUACUAUCUAGAGCUAUUUCUAAAUUACCAAGAGAGCCUCUCAUUUGGAUUUCUGGUGCCUAUCUAGAAGAGGAACAUUACAAUACCGAAACAACAAACACUAAUGGAAAGAAUAGUAUCCAAAAGGUCAUUAAGAAUGCUAUUGAGACAUUGAAAAAGCUGAAGGAGGAGGGAUUAGAUCGUGACGAGUGGAUAGGAUAUGCAAAGAAUGCAGAAAAAUCAGAACACUUUAUAACAUGUGAAGCAAUAAUUAAUGAAAUGAUUGGAUAUUCUCUUACUGAUGUGAGGGAAAGAAAAUCACAAUACAUUCGUGAUGCCAAUAAUUUGGCCACUGAAGGAUUUAUGAAAUGUGCCAAGGCCAUUUUUGAAUGUGCAAUCAGGGAGUUUCCAACCAAAAAGUCUGUAUGGAUGAAUUAUUACGAAUUUCAGAUCAAAUAUCAAAAGGAGGACACUCUCACAACCAGAAAUUUGCUCAAACAAGCAACAACUGAAUGUCCAAGUUGUCAGAAUUUAUGGUUAAUUAGAGCCAAGUAUGAAUGGAAGGUAUUUAGCAAUAUUCAAAAUGCCAGAGAUGUUCUUCAGGAAGGUUUUGAGCAAUUGAAGAUUUUCAAUAUUUUACUGGCAGCUGUCAAACUUGAAUAUGAGAAUGAAGAAUAUUUGAGGGCUAGACUACUUUUAUUCAAUUCUCGAUGCCUCCUAGAUGAAAAGAAGGAAGUUACCGAACAAGCCGAUGCAGGAAAUAUUUACAUUCGUUCUGCCUUGUUUGAAAGAUAUGUGUUCAAUAAUGAAUCCAUGAGGAAAUACGAAAUACUGAAUGAGGGUCUAUCCAAAUAUCCAAAAGAACCUAAAUUGUACCUAAUGAAGGGCCAACUCGAGGAGGGACAAAUUUAUACUCUAUUGAACAUGAACUCUCUAUCUCUUGAGAAGUAUAACGACAUUUCCAAUGAGGUUUCUCUUAUUUAUGAGGCAGGUAUUGAAAAAUGUCCAAACUCUAUUCCUCUAUGGACUAGUUUAAUCAAAUUGCACUUUAAUCCUCUCCUCAAGACUAUUCCUCCUAAUAUUAAUAAGGCAAGAGCUAUUAUUGAUAGAGCCUUACUUAAAAAUCCAUCUAGUGCAACUUUGUGGCUCUCUCUUGUCAAGUUGGAAUAUUAUGUGAGUAGUACUAAUGGAGUUGGUAGUGUAAACAACACAAGUCUUGCCACACUAAUGAAGGGUAUUCAAGCUAUUGGUUCCAAUAAGAAACAAUUGGGAGUAUUGUGGUCCUUUACUAUACCAUUGGAGAUUGUUCAAAAAAGAAAGUCUUCUUGUGCUAAUGCACUCAAGCAUUGUGAUAGAGAUAUUUAUGUAAUCUCCCAAAUUGCACUCGAUUUCUAUAGGGAACGUAAGAUUGAUAAGGCAAAGGAGUGGUUGAAAAAGGCCUUGACUAUCGAUUCUACAAAUGGUGACAUGUGGAUUUACUUGUACAAAAUUGAAUGUUUGCAUGGGAAUCAACCUGGAAUUAUUGAGGAAGAGUGUAAAAAAGCAGAACCCAAGUUUGGUGAAAUUUGGACAUUUAUUUCAAAACAAUUGAACUUGUACGGAUAUGAAAAAUUGGAUUCAAUUUCAAUUUUGAAAAAAUCAUUGAACUUGUUAGAUUUAAACAAUAACAUUUUCCUUACACUGGUCACAACGUUUGACUUUGAUGAUUACUAUGCCAAUCAGUUGAACGUUUGA